ACGUGUCCCUGGAUCGUACGCAAAACGUCUACGUCAGGCAGCUGUUGGAAAGGGCGGAAGCCAUAGGACUAGUGGGUACAGGCCUGUUCUCGUAUCCCACUGUACCGCUGUGUGUGCGCUCUGGCCAUGGCUGCCUGCUCGGUUACCGAUCUGUUUUCGGGGCCGGAGUUACUGGAAGACCCGGCUCACGCUUCCGCACUGUUGGCUCAGUUGAAAUCAUUUUACGACGCUCGAUUGUUGUGCGAUGUGACUAUCCGAGUGCUGGGCGGCAGAGGCCCCGACGAGCUUGUCGUAGGAGGCGACAUGGAGAGCGGCAGGAGCUUUAGUUGCAAUCGUAACAUCCUGUCUGCGGCCUGCCCUUACUUUAAAAGUAUGUUCACAGGAGGCUUGUACGAGAGCAAGCAGCAGCAGGUCACUCUGCACGAUAUGGACCCGGAGUCCAUGGCUCUCAUCAUUGAUUACUGUUACACGGGCAGGGUGACCGUGACCGAAUCCAACGUGCAGCGUCUGUAUGCCGCCGCCGAUAUGCUGCAGCUGGAGUAUGUGCGACAGGCCUGUGCCGGCUACUUGGCCCGGCGUCUCGAUUUCCAUAACUGCGCCAGUAUUCUUCGCUUUGCUGAUGCCUUUGACCACCCCGAGCUGAGAUCCCGCUCCCUGGCCUUUAUGGCUCGCCACUUUGAGCAGCUGGCAGUUGGGGAUGAGCUGUGUGAGCUGAGCCUGGCCCAGCUGAAGGAGGUAUUGACCAUGGACAAUCUGGAUGUGGCUAGUGAGAGGGUGGUGUGUAGCGCAGCCCUGCGUUGGCUUGAGGCCAACCCAAAGGAAAGAGCAGCAAUGAGCCAGGAGGUGUUGCGCUGUGUGCGCUGGCAGCACUUUACAGACAAGGACCUUGUAUAUCUGGAGGGACUGAGAGCUAAAUCCUUUGUGCGCAAACACUGCCAUCAGUAUUUGGAUGCUGUGCUGCAGGAUAAAGAUGGCAAAGCCCCUCCGGUUGGGUUGCCGUGCCAGGAAGGAAGUCCACUGCGAAGGAUCGGCAUGCUAGCCAAGGAGAUGGUCAUAUUCUUUGGCCAUCGCAAGGAGCCUUUCUUAUGUUAUGACCCCUACUCAGGUGAUAUUUACACAAUGUCCUCUCCACUGACCAACUUGGCGCUUGGCAAAGCCAUGACAUCCUCUGCUGUUUGUGUGUCACCAGAAAAUGACUUGUACCUGGCCACCCAACCAACAAAGCAGCUGUGGAUGUAUAGCCCUAUUCAGAACAACUGGCAGCUGCUGGCAGAAAGGCUCAUCUGCAGAGAAGGGAUGGACGUGGCGUACCUUAAUGGCUAUGUUUAUAUUGUCGGAGGCCGUGACCCAUCCACAGGUGCCAAGAUUAAGGAGGUCGAGUGCUACAGCGUGCAGAGGAACCAGUGGUCUCUAGUGGCCCCUUUGCCACAUUCGUUUUAUUCAUUUGAGCUUGUGACUGUCAAUGACUACUUGUAUGCGGUCAGUAACAAAAGAAUGCUAUGCUAUGACCCUGCCUGCAACCAGUGGCUUAACUGUGCCUCUCUAAAGCGAUGCGACUUCCAGGAAGCCUGUGUCUUUAAUGAUGAAAUUUACUGUAUUUGUGACAUCCCGGUGGUGAAGGUGUACAAUCCCGCCAGAGGCGAGUGGAGGCGAAUAUGUGAAAUCCCAGCUGAGGGCAAUACAAAUAACUAUCAAAUUGUACGGCAUGGUUCCAAACUUCUCCUAAUCACAUGCACCACAGUGCAGUGGAAGAAGAACCGUGUAACUGUGCAUGAGUAUGAUGUGACUAAUGAUCGCUGGAUAAAUAUUGGCACAAUGCUGGGCCUUUUGCAUUAUGACUGUAGCUUCAUAUGCCUCUCCGCUCGAGUAUAUCCAUCUUGCUUGGAGCCAGGGCAAAGUUACAUAACGGAGGAGGAUGAUGUGCGCAGUGAGUCUAGCACUGACUGGAUGGAUGGCUUUAGUGAGAUAGACUCGGAAUCUGACAGCCUUAGCUCCUUUUCGGAGGACGAGUGGCCUAGAGUGGCUGUAGCACGACAUCGGAUAUAUGUUGAGGGCGCCUUCUAAAGGCUCAUUUCUGUUUGCCACAAAACUUAUUUAUUAUAAGGUCUGUGAGCCAAAAUAUGAGCAUAAAAGAACAUUCUGUGCCUCACAAUGAGGCAUGUGAUCUCAAGCAUA